AUUUGUCCAGCAUGCUGAAGCUUACACUGAUCGUUUGGCUGCUCUUCUCGCUGGCCUGGCGCACCACACCCACCAGCUGUCGCCAGACGCGUUCGCCGCAGACCAUACGCCAGCUGCUGGCCAACCAGCUGCAGAGCUACAUGGACACCACGGCGCGUCCGUGUGAGAAUUUCUAUCAGUAUGCCUGUGGCAACUGGCAGCUGCAGCAGGAGCAGCCCUCCCAGCAGCACCACACCAAUCACAGAGAGCGGGAAAAGGAGCGCGAGCGCGAGCGAGAGCAGGAGCAACUGCUGCCCAGCGAUACGUUGGGCGUGCUCGAUCACCAACUAAAUCGACAGCUGGAGCUGGCACUGCGACGCUCCAACGAGACCAUGAUGGACGAGGAGCCGCCCAUCUACGAUAAGCUGCGUCUCUACUAUCGCUCGUGCAAACGGCUGAAGCCCUACAACCUCAAGAAGUAUCUGCAGCUGCUGGCACCGGGCAAUGGCACCCACUGGCCGCUGCUGAGUCGCAGCUGGCGUCGGGAGAGGUUCCAUUGGCUCACGACCAUCGGCAGACUGCGACUGCAUGGCCUGAAUGGAGUGCUGCUCAAAGAGCAGAUACUGCCGCGCUGGGACGACUCCAGUGCCUACUCGAUUUAUCUGGAUAAGCCGAGUCUGGUGGAGACGCUGCCCAUGGGCGAGGGAGCCAUGAUCGAGCUGCUGCUGGACAUUGGCCAGACGAAACGGGUGGCGAAUGCCUUGGCCCGUCAGGUGGAUGACUUUGAGCGGCGACUGCAUCGUCUGCAGGAGCUGGAGGAUGACGAGGGCGCCAAAGAAAUGCAGCUGGGAUAUCUGGCAGAGUAUCUGCCGGAGCUGAAGUGGCUGCCGUUCAUGCAGGAGAUCCGUGUGGACACCGAACCCGAUGUGCGCUCCACGCUGAUCAUCCAGAACAUACCCUACAUGAGGGCGCUGCACGAGCUGGUGGAACGCCAGCCGCCGGAUACCAUCUGCAAUUACAUCAUGCUGAAGUGGCUGGCAUUCCUCAAGCAGCAGGGACCCGCAGAGAUCUCGCGCGGCGAGUGCGUGGCCAGCAUGAGGCGUGCCAUGCCGCUGGCCAGCAGCUGGAUGAUUGGCCAGCGGCUGUACGAUCCGGAGGCCGAGCAGGAUGUCGGCUCGCUGUUUCAGCAGCUCAAGCAACGGUUUGCCCACAUUCUGGAGGAGAAUCGACUGCAGCUGGCGCCGCCCAUAGUGCAUGUCCUGCAGGAGAAGCUGCGCGCCAUGCGCCUCCAGAUCGGCUUUGUCCAGAUGAACGACUCUGGUUACGUGGAGGAGUACUAUCAGCGGAUGGAGCUGAAUGGCCACAACUUCUAUGCGAAUCAGCUGAAGCUGCUGCGCCUGCGCGUAGAGAAGAAUCACGAGCUGCUCGCCGCCACAGCAGUCACAGAUGUGGGGAAUGUCAGCUACCUGACGGAGUCCUGGCUAGCGAGCAGCUCCUCGCCGUUGUAUGUGAAGCCACGGAAUCUGGUGCUGAUGCCCUAUGGCCUGCUGCAGCUGCCCGUGUGGCAUCGCAACACGAGCGCCCUGCAACAGCAUGCGGUGCUGGGCUUUGCCCUGGCCCAUGAGCUGAUCCAUGGCUACGAUGCCUCCGGCAUUGACUACGAUGCCACGGGCAACAUUAUGGGACCCAGCGAGGAGAUUGCCGGCAGUCAACGCUUCAUCCAGGGUCUGCGCUGCAUGCAACAGCAGCUGGCCACUGGUUCGAGGUCCCUCAACGAGAAACUGGCCGACUAUGAGGCAUUGCGUCUGGUCUACGAGACGUUCUUUGGCCUGAAAUCGAAGCCACGGGAGCCGCGUGAUCCCCUGCUCACGCAGUUUAGCCAGCGGCAGCUCUUCUUCAUCAGCUUUGGGCAGUUCUUUUGCGGCAAAAUGCCGGCGCUCAGCCUUCAGGCACAGUCCCAUCUGGAGCAUGCCGUCGACGAGCUGAGAGUGAUGCAAACGCUGGCAAAUUUCGAGGAAUUCUCACGGGAAUUUGGCUGCGAGAAACGCACCAAAAUGCAGGCCAAACAGCGCUGCCGGGUCUGGUAGCAGGCAGUUACCUUUAGGAUAGAUUAAACCACCAAUAAAUUGAGGCCUAGAAAAAUGUA